AGAGUGAGGAUGAGAUAAAGAGAAAGAAAGAGAAAUUUCGAGAGAGUUUUCUUACCAUUGUAGUGCAUCAAGGAUAAAUGGCAAGAGGAGUUAAUUGUAUUGCUCCAAAAACCAUCAUGAACCUUAUUAUGCUCAUUUCGGUUCUCUGCUUAUGUACCAAAUCAGUCGAAGUUGAAGCACAAGCUUCGCGUCUGCCUGCUGCAGAAGUGGAAGCACUAAAUGAAACAGCAACACAAGUGGGAAAAAAAGACUGGAACUUCAGCAUAGAUCCAUGCAGCAAUGACAAAAAUUGGAAUACCCAAUCUGCUGACUUGUCUCUAUACGAAAACAGUCUCAUAUGCAACUGCUCCAACCCUGAUGGUUUCUGCCAUGUUGUCAGAAUUGUUCUUAAAGGGCAAGAUCUUGCUGGUGUACUUCCACCAUCUGCUGCAAAGUUACCCUACCUAACAAGAGUAGAUUUUACCAGGAACUACCUUACCGGUACUAUACCGCGUGAAUGGGCUUCUACAAAGUUGGAAUAUCUGUCCGUUAAUGUGAACAAUUUAUCAGGACCAAUCCCUGGCUACUUGGGAAACAUAAGCACCCUAACAUAUAUGAGCUUGAAGAAUAACUACUUUUCUGGAACUGUUCCUCCUGAGCUUGGGAAAUUGGUUAACUUGAACAGUCUCAUUCUUAGUGCAAACAAUCUCACAGGAGAGUUGCCACCGGCUCUUACUAAUCUGACUAAGUUAACAGAACUUAGGAUUAGCAGUAACAACUUCACAGGAAGAAUACCUGAUUUUAUUCAAAGCUGGAAGCAACUUCAGAAAUUAGAGAUCCAGGCUAGUGGUCUCCAAGGGCCCAUUCCGUCUAACAUUUCUGCCUUGAGUAAUUUAACAGAUCUAAGGAUCAGUGACAUAAAUGGAACGGGUUCAGAAUUUCCACCCUUGAGUAGUAUGACAUGCAUGGAAUAUUUACUGCUGAGGAGCUGUAACUUAUCGGGACGCAUCCCCACUUAUAUAUCAGCAAUGAAUAGAACAUUGAAAACAUUAGAUCUCAGCUUCAACAGAUUGGAAGGAGACAUUCCUGAUUUAGCAGCUCUGACAAAAUUGAAGCACUUGUAUCUAACAAGCAACUUGCUCACUGGAUCUAUUCCAAACUGGAUCAAGGGCAGAGAUAAUCAAUACCAGAUAGAUGUUUCUUACAAUAAUUUUUAUCCAAGCUCUGAGCCAGCUUGUGGUAGAGAAUACCUGAACUUGUUCAAAAGCUUUUCUGCACGAGACAAAUCAUCAUUUGGAGAGUGCCAGAACAGCUAUCCUUGUCCAGAAGGUAACAAUAUAUCUUUUAGAUUCAAAAUAUGAUUAUAAGGUACAUACUUUAGUUACCCAACUGGAGUUUGCUUUUUAAUUAGGCUUUUUAUCACAAAUAGUCCCUGAGGUUGGUGAAAUUAUCGCCUUUCGUCCUUAAUGUUUUUUGUGACACUAACGGUCUUUAAGGUUACCCUCCGCACAUCAAAAUGGUCCCUGCCGUUAACUUCCGUCGAAUUUUCUGUUAAAAUGCUGACGUGGUACAUACAUGGGCCACACAUCCAAUAAUAUAGAGCCAUGUGGCAUUAAAUAAUAUAUUUUAAAAAAAUUAAAUUUUUUAAGAAAAAAUAAGAAGAUUAAAACUUAAAUUUUUUAUUUUUAUUUUAAAAAUGAAGUUGUUUCUCGCCUCCUACCUCUAUCCUCCUUCCAACCUGCCAACCCAC